UCGCUUUUGACUCUCCGACCAUCGAGACAUCGGUGGGGCAGGCAAAACAAAAAGGUCAGCCAGUGUGUGACGGAGGAAUCGGUUUAUCGUAACAAGUGAAAGCACCAUGAGAUUGUUGGAGUGUUUGGUGCCGGUGGUGGUGCUGCUGUUAAUUAGGGACUCCAGCGCGAGACCCGGUCUGUUAGGCAAUUUAGCUGCCGGCGGUAUCGGUCUGCUGGACCAGGGUUUCGGACUCUUGAAAUCCAAGGCGGACAGCUAUGCCACUAGCAACGCUCAGUCCUUAGGCGGAGGUUUGCAGCUCGGCCCUCUCAGUUUCGCCGGCGGUUUAUCUUCAGCGUCGGCUCAGUCGUCGGCGUCGGCGAACGCCGUCGGCAGCGGUUCGGCUUCGGCCUCGGCGAAAGCGGACGCUCAAGCUCACGGUGGAUACGGCGGAUACGGCGGCGCCAACGCGAACGCACAAGCAUCCGCGAACGCUAACGCACAAGGUUCCACGGGUUAUUAUCCCGGCGGUCCUCAUCACGGUAAUGGCAUGUACAACGGUUAUCGGCCAGGUUACGGGGGCUCCCAGUCCGGCGCAAACGCAAACGCCAACGCGAACGCUAAUGCCGCCGGCAACGUCCAAGUCAUUCCUAUUGAUUCUUCUUAUUAUCCUCAACCUUAUCCCCACCGGGCGCAGGGCGCCGGCAACGCCAACGCCAAUGCUCAAGCGAACGCAAACGCGGCUGCGAACGGUAACGCGAUCCCCGUCCGUUACCCUGGUGCCACCUAUCCCGGGAGAGGGACUGGUCAAAUAGAGGUAAUUCCCAUCACGAUCCAACAAUCCAAACCGAUGCCACCCGUGUACCAGCGGCCUCAAAUCCAACCGAUUCCCCAAGGUCCAGGUGACGUGAUAAUUGUGGUCGAAGAACCCGCGAAGACAAGCCCUCAUCGUUAUCACCAUCGCCGACCGCAUUAUUACGGUAAACCGAAGCAAGAGCCGGUCGGGAUCGUCGUCAUCGAGGAACCGUCUGGUCCAGCCGGCAGCUUUGGAAACUAUCCGGUGCAAGGAUUCUACCCGGGCGGCGGUCUCGGCGUCGGGCACGCCGGCGUCGGUCACGAUCAUGAUCACGAUCACCAUCACGGUCACGGCCACGGCCACGGCCACGGAAUUCGUGGCGGCAACCCCUUCUUACCCGGUGGCGCAGGCUCAAACGCCAACGCCAACGCUAACGCCAACGCUAAUGCUCAAGGAGGCGUAGGAGGAUUUCCGCAGGGUGGCGGUUACCCAGCGGGCCCCUCAGUCCUGAUCACCCCAACCGGGAGCGGAAACCCUUUUCUGAACGGCGUCGGGCAGUCCGGCGCCAACGCGAACGCCGGAGCUGCGGCCAACGCCAACGCUAACGCCGGCGGGCAAGGAUCGGUGGGCGCGCACAAUCCGUUCCUCGAGGACGGGUCUGUCCACGUGGGAACACCGGGAGUCAACAUCCACAAUUUCGGCGACAAGCCGGCGAUUGAGAUCCACAAUUUCGGUGACAAGCCCAAGGAGAUCCCCACCAGCUACCCGGGACAAUAUCCGAGUUCUUACCCGGGCGGAUCCGCAGGAUCUGGUGCGAACGCUGACGCUGGAGCCGGCGCUGUUGGAGGUGAAUACGGCGGACCGAUCAAGCAGGGUCCCGUUUUCGGCGACGGAGGGGCCGUGGUCGGCAGCGGCGGUUACGGAGUUCCCUCCGGCGGAAUUUCCGGCCCGAGCUACGGAGGCGGACACGGCGGUGGUUCGGCCGGCGCGAACGCCGGGGCGAUCGCCGGCGCGAACGCGGGAGCCGGUGCCGGCGGAAUCGGCGGUCACGGGGGAAUCGGCGAAGGCUCGUACGGCGACGGUCAGACCAUCGGAGGAUACGGAAACAACGGUGGAGGAGGAAGUAGCUUCGGUGGAGGCGCGACAAAUGCCGGCGCGAACGCGGGGGCCGCCGGAAGUGGCGGUGUUUACGGAGGAUCCGGCGGUCAGGGAGGUCACGCAGGAUUCGGUGACGGUAGCGGUUCCUUCGUCGGUCACGGAAUCAACGGACAAGGAGGCUCCCCCGGAGUGAGCUCCGGACACGGCGGUGCGGGCGCGAACGCCAACGCCGACGCCAUCGCUAACGCCAACGCCGGCGGUACCGGCGGGAGUCUCGGUGGAUUCGGGGGCGGCUUUAAAGGCGUCGGACACGGCGGUCACGGCGGAUACGGCGGAGGCUCAAACGCCAACGCCCAAGCGUCCUCGUCGUCGAAUGCGGUCGCGUCCGGAGGUGGCGGUGGCUCGACCAAAGCCGAUGCCUCGUCUAACGCGUACACCAACGGCGGUUCGGCAUCGGCGAGCAGCUCCAGCAAGGCGUCUGCUUACACCAACGGGUCGGGAUCAGCAAGCGCGAACGCGGAUGCGCAAGCGUCGGCGGGAUUGGGAUCGAAGAGCUCGGCGUCGAGCCACGCGUCAGCCAAUGUCGACACCAGGGACAUGUUGAUCUUCAGCUAAUCGAGACAAUCAUUGUGAUACCGAAGCGGAUCGCUGAGCUUCCUCAAGAGGAUCCUCCGUCCGGCCGCCACGAACCGCACAUAAUACUCCGCUUUUCGUCUUUCGGUGUUCCGUAAAAGCGAGUACAGUUGUUGGUAUGAGUACGACGCGGAUGUCGAUCGUGUGACUUUUACCCUAGGGUGGAAAAGUGAAGAUUUAAAGAAUGUUUUCGAGAUGGAAACUUUACUCUUUUCACGAGUUCACGCCAGAGGAGAGACCUCCUGAGCGUCGGUCAUGAAUCUUCUUCUCUGGCGAACUCGUGAAAGGUGGACAUUUUCUAAUUCGGAAAAAUUUGGAAAUUUUCACUUUUUCCUGAGACGGAAACGUGAAAACUGAACAUUCCAAAUGUGCACUUAUGUCGAGCCUGGCAUUUCAUAAUUUUUCGUGCUCGACCAAGAUUAAAAUACUUAAGAGGAACGCUUUUCAUUGGAUGUAAGCGGGAAAUAUAAAAUGUGCAGACGAAAUCUUCUUCGAUUGAACUCUCUGGGUGGACCACUCUUAUGCUCAUCCGUUUUACGACGAUCGGUAUGAUUUUAAUAUACGUGAAUUUGUACAUUUUUUCUAAGCCGGUAACAUAGUGCAGUAUUUAGAACAGCACUUUUAAGACGCCUUAAUUUAAUACUUCUUUCUCUCUCCCUCUCUCUCUAUAUAUAUAUAUAAUGUGUAUUUAUAAGCGUAUUUUUAACUUAUACUAUUGCGUGUGCUUUCGAUGCGACAUCGGAAGUGUGCAGAUCGCCUUUCGUGAACUCUAUAGAUCUGUGAUUCGCGCGAAACUCGUCAAUGUUAGCGUUAAUAUAUAAUAUAUAAUAAUAGUAAUAAAAAUAAUGUGCAAACUACAUCACAUAUGCAAAUCUGAUCGAUCGAACUCAAGUUCCGAUCCGAGGAGCUGCUGCGACUUGCCUUAUUGUCUAAAGUUGCCGUCUGCCAAUGUUGCGCUCUCGUGCAAUGCGUUAGAAUGAAAGAGAAUUUCGCACCGACCGCUGCUUCAGAUCUCGAGGAAUAAAUGCGAUCUCCGUCCUGCCACUUGUAAGGAUAAUUCCUGAGGAACGCCAGGAGCGCCGAGUAUUCCUGCAUCUUCGUAUUUGCAACCUAGCGAAAUUGGAGGGGCGCGACGAUUAACGUCGGUGAUAUCUUCUUCUUCUCUCUCUUUCCCACCCCUUUCCUUUGUUUCUAUUCUCACGACAUCGGGCGUCUUUCGAAAACAACAGGGAUAAAAACUCGUCGAACUUGUUUCGCGAGUGCGCGAACGAGAAAAACGGAAGAGAGAAUCGCGAAGAGACGCGCAGAGAAAAAUGAGGAAGACCGAUAGAGAGAGAGAGAGAGAGAGAUAUGCACUGUAGGAGGAUCGAUCGAUCAAUCCGUUUAUUCGUUCGCCACGUAUGUGGGAUCCCGCAAAUUCUUCGCGCUAAUCUCGCGAUUAAUGCGUAAUUGCCGAUAAUUGUUUUUUAUGCCGCGCAUAUAAUUUAUUCAGCGGCUUCGCGGAAUUAUCGUCGAUUAUCACGCGUUAUCGCGCAAAAAUAUGCGCGUGCACAUAACGAACUCGACGUAUUUUCCCCUGUGUGUUUCGCAUUUUAUGUACUCUUAUGUAAUAUAUUAUUGCGCGACGUGUGUAUGAGAAUGCGCAUGUGUAAAAGUUUAAUAAAGUUUGUGAUUUCCGUUUCGAUAGAA